AUGGGCAACGAGGCCAGCCUGGAGGGCGGCGCUGGUGACGGGCCACUGCCGCCCGGAGGUCCGGGCCAGGGCCCGGGCCCCGGCGCAGGGAAGCCGCCUUCAGCACCUGCUGGCGGCGGACAGCUCCCCGCUGCUGGCGCGGCGAGGGCGACCGCGGGACCACCGGGCCCAGGUCCUGGGCCAGGUCCCGGCAGUGGGAGAGGACCUGGGCACGUUUCCAGGAGACUGGACCCCAAGGAGCCCCCGGGUAGCCAGAGAGCAGCUUCCCCAACCCCGAAGCAGGCUUCUGCUACUGCUCCCGGCCGUGAGAGCCCCCGGGAGACGAGGGCACAGGGCCCAGCAGGCCAGGAGGCUGAUGGCCCACGCAGGACGCUGCAGGUAGACAGCAGGACGCAGAGAUCAGGGCGGUCCCCCUCUGUGUCACCGGACAGAGGCAGCACCCCCACAUCACCCUACUCCGUUCCCCAGAUCGCUCCCCUUCCCAGCAGCACGCUGUGUCCCAUAUGUAAGACCUCGGACCUCACGUCGACCCCCAGCCAGCCAAACUUCAACACCUGCACCCAGUGUCACAACAAGGUCUGCAACCAGUGUGGGUUCAACCCCAACCCUCACCUCACCCAGGUGAAGGAAUGGCUCUGUCUGAACUGCCAGAUGCAGAGGGCUCUGGGGAUGGACAUGACCACUGCACCUCGCUCCAAGAGCCAGCAGCAGCUGCACUCCCCGGCCCUGUCUCCUGCCCAGUCCCCAGCCAAACAGCCCCUGGGGAAGCCGGAGCAAGAGAGAUCGCAGGGCCCAGGGGCACCACAGUCAGGCCUCCGCCAGCCUGAGACCGCCAGGGCCACCUCAGUGCCGGGGCCUGCCCAAGCAGCUGUCCCUCCGGAGGUGGGGAGGGUGUCUCCUCAGCCCCCUCUCCCCAUCAAGCCUUCCACAGCAGAUCCCAGGCCACCUGUAGGAGAGGCCCUGGCCAAAAGUGCCACCACAGUGCCCUCUGGGCCUGGUGCUGCUGAGCAGACCCAGGAGGGCCUCACUGGGAAGCUCUUUGGCCUUGGAGCAUCACUGCUGACCCAGGCAAGUACCCUCAUGUCUGUGCAGCCCGAGGCUGAGCACCAGGGCCAAGUGGCCCCCAGCAAAGGGCCACCUAAGAUUGUCUUCAGUGAUGCCAGCAAGGAGGCUGGCCCGAGACCCCCAGGCCCUGGGCCAGCACCUGGAGCCAAAACUGAGCCUGGAGCCAGACCAAGUCCUGGAUCGGGGCCUGGAGCCCUGGCAAGAACUGGGGGAACAACCAGUCCAAAGCAUGGCAGAGCGGAACACCAGGCAGCGACCAAGGCUACUGCCAAGCCAAAGACCACGCCGAAGGAAAGGUCCACCUGCCCACUGUGCCAAGCUGAGCUCAAUGUGGGCAGCAAGGCCCCAGCCAACUAUAACACCUGCACCACCUGCAAGCUCCAGGUGUGCAACCUGUGUGGCUUCAACCCAACGCCUCACCUGGUAGAGAAAACCGAGUGGCUCUGUCUGAACUGCCAAACUAAGCGGCUACUAGAGGGCAGCCUGGGAGAGCCGACCCCCCUGCCGCUGCCCACGUCACAGCAGCCCCCCUCAGGGGCCCCUCUCCGUACAGCUGGAGCAGCCCCUCCAAAGCAGAAAGGGCCACAGGGGCUGGGCCAGCCAUCAGGCCCCCUGCCUGCCAAGGCCAGUCCCCUGCCCACCAAGGCCAGUCCCCAGGCCAAGCCCCUCAAAGCUUCUGAACCCAGCAGGACCCCGAGCAGUGCCCAAGAAAAGAAGACAGGAAUCCCAGCUAAAGCCGAGCCCGGGCCGAAACCACCUCCAGAGACUACCCUGCCCCCUGGAACUCCUAAAGCAAAGACGGGGGCCCGGAAGACUGAACCUGCCACGUCUGUCAUCAAGGCUGUUCCAGAAGCCCCCAAGGGUGGGGAGGCAGAGGAGCUGGCAGGCAAGCCUUAUUCUCAGGACCUGUCUCGGAGCCCACAGAGCCUCAGUGACACAGGCUAUUCCUCUGAUGGCAUCUCCAGCUCCCAGAGCGAGAUCACAGGCGUUGUACAGCAGGAAGUGGAGCAACUGGAUAGCGCAGGGGUGACAGGGCCUCGCCCGCCCAGCCCCUCCGAGCUCCACAAGGUGGGGAGCAGCAUGCGGCCUUCGCUGGAGGCCCAGGGUCCAGCCCCCAGGGGCGAGCAGAGCAAGCCACCCAGGAGCAGUGGUGAGGAGCAGAAACGGAGGCCCCACUCCUUGUCCAUCAUGCCUGAAGCCUACGACUCCGAUGAGGAGCUGGAGGAUAUCUUGGAGGAAGAGGAAGACUCUCUGGAGUGGGGGCGCCAGAGGGAGCAGCAGGACACAGCCGAGUCAUCAGAUGACUUUGGCAGCCAGUUGAGGCACGACUACGUGGAAGACAGCAGUGAGGGUGGCCUGUCCCCGCUCCCACCCCAGCCCCCAGCCCGGGCAGCAGAACUGACUGACGAGGAGUUCAUGCGACGGCAGAUACUGGAGAUGAGCGCCGAGGAAGACAACCUAGAAGAGGAUGAAGUCUCCACCUCUGGGCGUGGCCUGGCCAAACAUGGCGCCCAGAAGGGUGGCCCCAGGCCCCAGCCUGAGCCCAGCCAAGACCCAGCGGCGCUGCCUAAGAGACGUCUGCCGCACAACGCCACCACAGGGUAUGAGGAGCUGCUCUCUGAGGGAGGCCCAGCUGAGGCCAGUGAUGGCACUGGGGCCCUGCAGGGGGGGCUCCGCCGCUUCAAGACCAUUGAACUCAAUAGUACAGGCAGCUAUGGCCACGAGCUGGACCUGGGCCAAGGUCCCGAUGCCAGCCUGGAGCGGGAGCCAGAGCUGGAAAUGGAGAGCCUGACAGGCUCCCCGGAGGACCGCUCCCGUGGGGAGCACUCCUCCACGCUGCCUGCCUCCACACCCAGCUACACUUCGGGCACCUCUCCCACCUCCCUGUCCUCCUUGGAGGAGGAUAGCGACAGCAGCCCCAGCCGCCGGCAGCGACUGGAAGAAGCAAAGCAACAGCGCAAGGCCCGGCACCGUUCACAUGGGCCCCUGCUGCCCACCAUCGAGGACUCCUCUGAGGAGGAGGAGCUGCGGGAGGAGGAGGAGCUGCUGCGAGAGCAGGAGAAGAUGCGGGAGGUGGAACAGCAGCGUAUCCGCAGCACGGCCCGCAAGACACGGCGAGACAAGGAAGAACUGCGGGCCCAGCGGCGGCGUGAGCGCUCCAAGACCCCUCCAAGCAACCUGUCACCCAUCGAGGAUGCCUCCCCGACUGAGGAGCUGAGGCAGGCAGCUGAGAUGGAGGAGCUCCAUCGCUCCUCCUGCUCCGAGUACUCACCCUCCCCUUCCCUCGACUCAGAGGCUGAGGCCCUGGAUGGCGGCCCUACCCGGCUCUACAAAUCGGGCAGUGAGUACAACCUGCCCACCUUCAUGUCCCUCUACUCACCAACUGAGACGCCCUCAGGCAGCUCCACCACUCCAAGCUCUGGCCGGCCCCUCAAGAGCGCCGAGGAGGCCUAUGAGGAGAUGAUGCGCAAGGCCGAGCUGCUCCAGCGGCAACAGGGCCAGGUGGCAGGUGGCCCCUCCCAGCCCACUGGCGCCCGGAGCCAGGGCAACUUUGAGUACCAGGACACCCCCGAUCAGGACUAUGGCAGGGUUGCGCAACCUCCCUCUGAGGGCAUACCAGCCAGCCUGGGGGCAGCCGUGUAUGAGGAGAUCCUUCAGACAUCACAGAGCAUUACCCGCAUGCGGCAGGCCUCCUCCCGGGACUUGGCCUUUGCAGAGGAUAAGAAGAAGGAGAAGCAGUUUCUGAAUGCUGACAGUGCGUACAUGGACCCAAUGAAGCAAAAUGGCGGCCCACUCACCCCUGGUACCAGUCCCACCCAGCUCGCUGCCCCUGUGUCCUUCUCCACCUCCACCUCCACAGAUAGCAGUGGUGGCCGAGUCAUUCCUGAUGUCCGCGUUACUCAGCAUUUUGCAAAGGAGCCUCAGGACCCCCUCAAGCUUCACAGCUCUCCUGCCUCCCCCAGCUCUGCCUCCAAGGAGGUAGGCAUAUCCUUUUCCCAGGGCCCUGGCACCCCAGCCACCACAGCUGUGGCUCCUUGUCCAGCCAGCCUGUCACGAGGUUAUAUGACUCCGACCUCCCCAGCAGGCUCUGAGCGCAGUCCUUCACCAUCUGCUGUAGGCCACAGCUAUGGACAGAGCCCAGCCACUGCAAACUAUGGGUCCCAAACUGAGGAGCUACCCCAGGCCCUCAGUGGCCCCACUGCCAGCGGACGGGCUGCCAGAGACAAGCCCCUGAGUGUGAGUGAUGGUGAGAGCGGCCCCCCCAAGGCCUCCCGGGGGUAUUCCUACUUCGCAGGCUCCAGCCCACCUCUCUCUCCAUCUUCUCCCUCAGAGAGUCCCACAUUCUCCCCUGGCAAGCUAGGUCCAAGGGCCACAGCCGAGUUCUCUACACAGACGCCAAGCCCGACUCCAGCCUUGGACAUGCCUCGGAGCCCUGGUGCCCCGACCCCAACACCUAUGGUGGCUCAGGGCACACAAACACCACACCGACCCAGCACACCUCGCCUGGUGUGGCAGCAGCCCUCUCAGGAGGCCCCCUUCAUGGUCAUCACUCUGGCGUCAGAUGCCUCCAGCCAGACCAGGAUGGUACAUGCCAGUGCCUCCACUUCCCCAGUGUGUUCGCCCACUGACACCCAGGCCACCACCCACAGCUAUAGCCAGACAACACCUCCGAGUGUGUCCCAGCUGCCCCCAGAGCCACCUGGGCCACCUGGCUUCCCGCGGGCACCCAGUGCUGGCACAGAUGGGCCCUUGGCAGUCUAUGGCUGGGGUGCCCUCCCUGCUGAGAAUAUCUCCCUGUGCCGGAUCUCCUCUGUCCCUGGAACGUCUAGGGUGGAGCCAGGCCCUAGGCCUCCUGGCAGUGCCGUGGUAGACCUUCGCACAGCUGUCAAGCCUACUCCCAUCAUCCUUACUGACCAGGGCAUGGACCUGACCUCUCUUGCCGUGGAAGCAAGGAAGUACGGCCUUGCCCUGGAUCCAAUCCCAGGACGGCAGUCAACUGCUGUUCAGCCUUUGGUCAUCAACCUCAAUGCCCAGGAGCAGACCCAUGCCUUCCUCAGCACCGCCACCACCGUGAGCAUCACCAUGGCCUCAUCUGUGCUCAUGGCUCAGCAAAAGCAGCCUGUGGUCUACGGAGACCCCUUCCAGAGCCGGCUUGACUUUGGCCAGGGUGCAGGUAGCCCUGUGUGUCUGGCCCAGGUCAAGCAGGUAGAGCAGGCCGUCCAGACAGCUCCGUACCGAGGUGGGCCCCGUGGAAGACCUAGGGAGGCCAAGUUUGCCAGGUAUAACCUGCCCAACCAGGUAGCACCUCUGGCCAGAAGGGAUGUUUUAAUCACUCAGAUGGGCAGUGCCCAGAGUGUUGGCCUCAAAUCAGGCCCGGUGCCAGACCCUGGUGCUGAACCCCACCGGGCUGCCCCUGCAGAGCUGCGGUCACACGCUGCGCCAGGUGCCAGGAAGCCACACACAGUGGUGGUGCAGAUGGGAGAGGGCACGGCAGGCACUGUGACCACACUGCUCCCAGAGGAACCAGCAGCCCUAGACCUCACUGGGAUGAGGCCUGAGAGCCAGAUGGCGUGCUGUGACAUGGUCUACAAGUUCCCCUUUGGCAGUAGCUGCACAGGCACCUUCCACCCUACCCCCAGCGCUCCUGAGAAGAGUGUGUCAGAUGUUGCCCUACCUGGCCAGAGCAGCGGCCCCUUCUACAGUCCCCGGGACCCUGAGCCUCCUGAGCCCCCCACCUACCGGGCACAGGGGGUAGUGGGGCCUGGGCCCCAUGAGGAGCAGAGGCCCUACCCACAGGGCCUCCAUGGCAGGCUAUACUCCUCCAUGUCUGACACCAAUUUGGCUGAGGCUAGCCUCAACUACCAUGCCCACAGGAUUGGGCAGCUCUUCCAGGGCCCUGGACGAGACUCAGCUGUGGAUCUCAGCUCGCUGAAGCACUCCUACAGCCUGGGCUUUGUGGAUGGACGCUACCUUGGGCAGGGCUUGCAGUAUGGCUCGUACACAGACCUGCGUCAUCCCACAGACGUUUUGACUCACCCACUUCCCAUGAGGCGCUACAGUUCAGUGUCAAACAUCUACUCAGACCACAGGUAUGGUCCACGGGGAGAUGCAGCUGGCUUCCAGGAGGCCAGCCUGGCCCAGUACAGUGCCACUACCGCCCGUGAGAUCAGCCGCAUGUGUGCUGCCCUCAACUCCAUGGAUCAGUAUGGAGGGCGGCAUGGCAGCGGUGGUGGUGGCCCUGACCUCAUGCAGUAUCAGCCCCAGCCCGGGCCUGGGCUCAGUGCCCCCCAGGGUCUGGCUCCCCUCAGACCUGGCCUCCUUGGGAAUCCCACCUUCCCGGAGGGCCACCCAAGUCCUGGGAACCUGGCCCAGUACAGGCCUACGGUAGGCCAGGGAACGGCAGUCAGACAGCUGCUGCCAUCCACAGCCACUGUGCGUGCAGCUGACGGCAUGAUCUACUCGACUAUCAACACUCCAAUUGCUGCAACACUGCCCAUAACCACCCAGCCCGCCUCAGUACUGCGGCCUAUGGUGCGUCGUGGCAUGUACAGGCCUUACGUGUCUGGUGGGGUCACAGCCGUGCCGCUCACCAGCCUGACACGCAUGCCCGUGAUUGCCCCCCGGAUACCUCUUGGGCCCACAGGGCUGUACCGGUAUCCUGCACCAAGUAGAUUCCCUGCUGCUUCCAGCAUUCCACCUGCCGAGGGUCCUGUCUACCUGGGGAAACCUGCUGCUGCUAAGGCCACGGGCGCUGGGGGCGCACCAAGGCCAGAGCUGCCAGCAGGGGCAGCUCGGGAAGAGCCUCUUUCCACAGCCACCCCUGCUGCUGCCAAGGAUGCUGUAGCAGCCCCAGCCCCAGCCCCAGCCCCUCUGGCCAGCCAGAAGCCGCCUGUAGAUGCUGCUCCCGGGGGCAGCAGCGGGGCCCUCAGCCGGCCAGGGCUGGAGAAGGAAGAAUCUGUGCAGGAGGAACGACAGCGGAAACAGCAGGAGCAGCUGCUGCAGCUGGAGCGGGAGCGAGUGGAAUUGGAGAAGCUGCGGCAGCUGCGGCUGCAGGAGGAGCUGGAACGGGAGCGAGUGGAGCUGCAGCGGCACCGUGAGGAAGAGCAGCUGCUGGUGCAGCGGGAGCUGCAGGAGUUGCAGACCAUUAAGCACCAUGUGCUGCAGCAGCAACAGGAGGAACGGCAGGCCCAGUUUGCCCUGCAGCGGGAGCAGCUGGCACAGCAGCGCCUGCAGCUGGAGCAGAUUCAGCAGCUGCAGCACCAGCUGCAGCAGCAGCUAGAGGAACAGAAGCAGCGGCAGAAGGCCCCCUUCCCCGGGGCCUGCGAGGCACCUGGCCGAGGGCCUCCACCAGCCGCCACGGAGCUGGCUCAGAAUGGCCAGUACUGGCCACCCCUGACCCACACCGCCUUCAUCGCUGUAGCAGGGCCGGAGGGGCCUGGACAGCCUCGGGAGCCUGGGCUGCAUCGGGGCCUCCCCAGCUCUGCCUCAGACAUGUCACUGCAGACGGAGGAGCCGUGGGAGACGGGCCGCAGUGGCAUCAAGAAGCGGCACUCUAUGCCUCGCCUGCGGGACGCCUGUGAGCCAGAGUCGGGGCCCGAGCCCUGCAUGGUCAGGAGGAUUGCAGACAGCAGCGUGCAGACAGACGACGAGGAUGGGGAGGGCCGCUACCUCCUGACCCGGCGGCGCCGGGUGCGGCGGAGUACGGACUGCAGCGUGCAGACUGAUGACGAGGACAGUGCCGAGUGGGAGCAGCCAGUGCGCCGCCGCCGGUCCCGGCUCUCCCGCCACUCGGAUUCCGGCUCUGACAGCAAGCAUGAUGCUGCUGCCUCAUCGUCCCCUGCGACCGCUGCUGCGAGGGCCAUGAGCAGUGUGGGCAUCCAGACCAUCAGUGACUGCUCUGUGCAGACGGAGCCUGACCAGCUGCCCAGAGUCUCUCCAGCCAUCCACAUCACAGCCGCUACUGACCCCAAAGUGGAGAUCGUCAGGUACAUCUCUGCACCAGAGAAGACUGGGCGCGGGGAGAGCCUGGCCUGCCAGACAGAGCCUGAGGGGCAGGCCCAGGGCGUGGUUGGUCCACAGCUUGUGGGGCCACCCGCCAUCAGCCCCUACCUGCCUGGCAUCCAGAUCGUCACCCCAGGACCCCUCGGCAGAUUCGAAAAAAAGAAGCCAGAUCCCCUGGAGAUUGGAUACCAAGCCCAGCUGCCCCCGGAGUCCCUGUCACAGCUUGUGAGCCGCCAGCCUCCCAAGUCCCCCCAGGUCCUCUACUCACCAGUCUCACCCCUAUCCCCACACCGGCUCCUGGACACCUCCUUUGCUUCCAGUGAGAGGCUGAACAAGGCUCACGUGAGUCCCCAGAAGCACUUCACAGCUGACAGCGCUCUCCGCCAGCAGACGCUGCCUCGCCCCAUGAAGACCCUGCAGCGGUCCUUGUCCGACCCUAAGCCCCUCAGCCCCACCGCCGAGGAGUCUACUAAAGAGAGGUUCUCCCUCUACCAGCACCAGGGGGGACUGGGUAGCCAGGUGUCGGCGCUGCCACCCAACGGCCUGGUCCGCAAGGUGAAGCGGACACUGCCCAGCCCCCCUCCAGAGGAGGCUCACCUGCCCCUGGCUGGCCAGGCCCCCCCACAGCUGUACGCAGCCAGCCUGCUGCAGCAUGGGCUGGCGGGGCCCACCGCUGUCCCUGCCACCAAGGCCAGCCUGCUCCGGGAGCUGGACCGGGACCUGCGGCUGGUGGAGCAUGAGUCCACCAAGCUGCGCAAGAAGCAAGCAGAGCUGGACGAGGAGGAGAAGGAGAUCGACGCCAAGCUCAAGUACCUGGAGCUGGGUAUCACACAACGUAAAGAGUCUUUAGCCAAAGACCGAGGUGGCCGUGACUACCCACCCUUGCGUGGUCUCGGUGAGCAUCGUGACUACUUGUCAGACAGCGAGCUCAACCAGCUGCGGCUCCAGAGCUGUGCCACUCCUGCCGGCCAGUACGCAGACUUCUCUGUCACCGCUGCUGCUCCUGCCACUCCUUCUGGCCCCACUGCCUUCCAACAGCCCCGAUUCCCACCUCCAGCCCCACAGUACACUGCAGGCAGUGGUGGGUCAACUCAGAACGGAUUCCCAGCCCACCAACCACCCACCUACCCUGGUCCCGGCACAUACCCAGCACCUGCCUUUCCUUCUGGCACCAGUUACCCAGCUGAUCCUAGCCUGCCAAGCCAGCAGGCUUUCCGUCCCACAGGCCAUUAUACAGCCCAAACACCCAUGCCAACCACCCAGAGCACUCUUUUCCCAGUCCCAGCUGACAGCCGUGCCCCCCACCAGAAGCCACGCCAGACAUCACUAGCCGACCUGGAACAGAAGGUGCCCACUAACUAUGAGGUGAUCGCCAGCCCAGUCGUGGCCAUGUCUUCAGCACCACCUGAAACCAGCUAUAGUGGCCCAGCAGUAAGCAGCAGCUAUGAGCAAGGCAAGGCUGCUGAGCUGCCCCGGGCCAGUGACCGGAGCAGUGUGAGCCUGAGCUCAGCCUCCACCUACCCCUCUGACUCCCACUACAGCCUGGAACAGAAUGUCCCUCGGAACUAUGUGAUGAUUGACGACAUCAGUGAGCUGACCAAGGACAGCACCUCCACUGCCCCUGAUAGCCAGCGACUAGAGCCCCUAGGGCCAAGCAGCAGCGGGUGUCCAGGGAAAGAGCCGGGAGAACACAGCAUCCUUGAGGGGACUGCAUUGCCCUGCUGCUACACCAGAGGGGAGGAGGAAUCUGAAGAGGACUCUUAUGACCCCCGUGGGAAGAGUGGCCAUCACCGGAGUCUGGAGAGCAAUGGCCGACCAGCCAGUGCCCACUACUACAGUGACAGCGACUACAGACAUGGGACUCGAGCAGAGAAGUAUGGUCCAGGUCCCAUGGGGCCUAAGCAUCCCUCCAAGAGCCUGGCACCAGCUGCCAUCUCCUCAAAACGCAGCAAGCACCGCAAGCAGGGCAUGGAGCAAAAGAUCUCCAAGUUCUCACCUAUCGAAGAGGCCAAGGACGUGGAGUCAGACCUGGCCUCCUACCCCUCCCCUGCAGUCAGCAGCAGCCUAGCCUCUCGGGGCAGGAAGUUCCAGGACGAAAUCACCUAUGGGCUCAAGAAGAACGUGUACGAGCAGCAGAGGUACUAUGGGGUGUCCAGCCGGGACCCAGUGGAGGAGGAUGACCGCAUGUAUGGAGGGAGUGGCCGGUCCCGAGUGGCGUCUGCAUACAGUGGGGAGAAACUGUCCAGCCAUGACUUCAGCAGCCGGGGCAAGGGAUAUGAGCGGGAACGGGAAGCUGUGGAGAGACUUCAAAAAGCAGGCCCCAAGCCCUCGUCCCUGAGCAUGGCCCACGGCCGGUCCCGGCCCCCCAUGCGGAGCCAGGCCUCUGAAGAGGAAAGCCCUGUCAGCCCCUUGGGACGGCCCCGCCCUGCCGGCGGCACCCUCCCUCCUGGGGACACCUGCCCACAGUUCUGCUCCAGCCACUCCAUGCCUGAUGUCCAGGAGCAUGUCAAGGAUGGGCCUCGGGCCCACACAUAUAAGCGUGAGGAGGGCUACAUCCUGGAUGACUCCCACUGCGUAGUUUCCGACAGCGAAGCGUAUCACCUGGGCCAGGAGGAGACAGACUGGUUUGAUAAGCCCCGGGAUGCCCGCUCUGACCGGUUCAGGCACCACGGGGGCCACGCAGUCUCCUCCUCCUCCCAGAAGCGAGGCCCUGCCAGGCACAGCUACCACGACUACGAUGAGCCCCCUGAGGAGGGCCUGUGGCCACAUGAUGAGGGUGGCCCGAGCCGCCACACCUCAGCCAAGGAACACCGGCACCACAGUGAUCACGGGCGGCACUCAAGCCGCCACACUGGCGAGGAGCCGGGCCGGCGUGCUGCCAAACCACACACUCGGGACCUGGGUCGCCAUGAGGCCAGGCCUCACCCUCAGCCCAGCCCUGCCCCGGCCAUGCAGAAGAAGGGUCAGCCUGGGUACCCCAGCUCCGCUGAAUACUCACAGCCAUCCCGUGCUCCAUCAGCAUACCAUCAUGCCUCUGACAGCAAGAAGGGCUCCCGGCAGGCCCACUCGGGGCCCACUGCACCACAGCCAAAGCCAGAACCCCAGCCGCAGUCACAAGGUCGGCAGGCAGCUCCUGGGCCACAGCAAUCACAGCCGCCGCCAUCCAGGCAGACACCCUCAGCCACAGCAUCACGCCAGCCACAGACACAGCAGCAGCAGCAGCAGCAGCAGCAGCAGCAGCAGCAGCAGCAACAAGGUCUUGGGCUACAGCCCCCUCAGCAGGCCCCGGUGCAGGCUCGGCUGCAGCAACAGGGCCAGCCAGCCACCCGGGGCCCAGCCCCUGCUGCCAGCCAGCCAGCAGGGAAGGCUCAGCCGGGUCCCACGAUAGCCACAGGCACCCAGCCAGCAGGACCGCCACGGGCAGAACAGGCAAAUGGCACUAAAGGGACAGCCAAAGCACCCCAACAGGGGAGGCCUCCUCAGGCCCAGCCCCCACCAGGAUCUGGACCCACAGGCAUGAAGGCUGGAGCCAGGCCUGGAGGGACCUCAGGGGCUCCUGCUGGCCAGCCAGGCGCCGAUGGUGAGAGCGUGCUCUCCAAAAUCCUCCCUGGUGGGGCAGCAGAGCAGGCUGGCAAGCUGACAGAAGCGGUCUCUGCUUUUGGCAAAAAGUUCUCCUCAUUCUGGUGACCGUGCCCUGUAGGGCUCUUGAAGAGACGAAGGGAGAUGAUAUCAUUGCUGUGGAAAAAUCUCUGGAGUCAGAGGCCUGGGCACAGCUCUGAACUCUGCGUAUAACACAUCUGCAAUCUGGCAAACCCUUGGCCCAAAGACUCACACCAGGUGGGACGUGGCAGGCAGGCCUCCGUUGAGGACGGGAUGUUUUCUAACAGCAGCUGUCUGGGUGAAGCAUCUGCUGGACACGGUGGGACCACUGGCCCCGGGGGACCCGUGAUUAUCUUUCCAGAGAUCCCGCUCUCCUCAGGGUGCCACCUUCAAGGCAUGGCCUUCACUGGGAGGGAGGAGCCCUCUCCGGACACCCUGCCUCCGUGGCAGUCCUGCUGCUCUUCCCACAGCCGCUUUUCUGCGGCCCAGCCAGCCAGGCUUCCUAUGCGUUAUACACAGAGUUUGGGCACAGGCUGCCUAUUUUUGACAGAUGCUGCCCUCCCUCCACGAUGCCAGAGUUUUUCCACAGCCUUGGAGAGCGGCUUUGACUGAGGGCUGGGGGCCCCGGGCUCCGUUUCCUUCACAUUCCAGCUGGCCCGGAUCCUUCUGUGGCCACAGGGCCCUGUUCCCCUCACCCUGCCCUCUGGGUGACAUCGGAGCAGACUUCCAUGUGGCCAGCACGGGGUUGGGAGAACUUUACAAACAUUAGGACCUAACACUGUCUCAUCGCUGAAAUAAGAGGCCAUAGCACCGAAAAGCAGCGUGGGCACUGGCUGAGGCUUCUCCCAGCCCAUGGGUGGCAGCAUGCUAGCAUGCCUGCCACCGUCUCAAAGCCAUCUGCCCCCCUGACCCCCCCAGCCAUUGUGAGCAUCCCAGCGACACCGCCAUCAUCUUGAGCAGCCAGCUCCUUGUUUGUACACCUGGGGAUUUCUUUUGAUUUCAAGAACAGCCUUAAUCAUUUCAGUUUGAUUUACAUGUAUACCUCAUAAUCAGUUUUCUUUUGUUUCUUUCUCCCCCUUCUUUUUCUUUGCCCGCCUCCUU